UUUUCCACAUCUCGAUCAGUCAACUUGUUUUCUUACAGUGACCGUGUCAGUUCAAUAAUUAGUGCUUUGUGAAGCUUCAGUUCUUUUCUCACAUUGUAUUAACUACUCGAUAAAAAAUGGAAAAUAAUCGUAUAAGAGAUAGUGAACAUAAAGCUCCGCUUUACGGCGCUCGCCAUGUACAGUGUACUCUGAUAUUUCUGGGACUGUCUGUUGCAGUAAUACAGCGUGUAAAUCUCUUGGUGGCGAUCGUGGCAAUGACGGAUAAGAAUUCGACAAACCUCGAUUUUGAAGUGAGAAAAUAACAGAAUCUCCGCAGGAAUACGAAUGGUCAGAGCAGACAAAAUCUUACCUGCUGAGCAGUUUUUAUUGGGGUUAUUUCGUUACACAAAUACCGGGCAGUCAGUUGGCGCAUAGAUUUGGUGGUAAAAUAACACUUCUCUGCAGUGUAACUUUGAGUACAAUUUUGGCUUUACUCACACCGCUGAGCGUGUGUUUGGGCGACUGGAAGCUGCUCUGUGCGCUACGAGUGUGUCAAGGUCUUAUACAGGGCACCAUCUAUCCAUCAAUAUGUACGCUACUCUCGACAUGGGCGCCAUCUAAGGAGCGCGGUUCAAUUGGUAAUUUUUGUUACGCUGGUGUGCCUUUUGGUAGCUCAGUGAUUAUGUUGGUUAGUGGUUGGAUUGCCAUAUUUUCUUUGGGUUGGCCGGGUAUAUUUUAUUUCUCCGGCUUACUCAGCAUUAUUUGGGGUUUGAUUUGGUACUUGAUAGGCGCCAGCGAGUGCAAAUGGAUGAGUGAAGAGGAGCGUAUGUUCAUUGAAGCCACACUGGUAACAUCGGCUACCACCAAAUCAUGAGCAUGAGCAUGCUCCCACAAAAACACCUUGGUUAAAGAUAUUCACAUCUGUGCCUUUUUGCGUGCUAUUGGUGGCACAGUGCUCUUUCAAUUGGGGUUUUGUGACAAUACAAAUGGAAAUACCUGCGUAUAUGAAAAGCGUACUGGGACAGGAUAUCGAGAGCAAUGCACUCAUGUCUUCCGCACCUUAUUUGGCCAAUAUGUUAUUGACAUUUGUAUUUUGCCUUUUAGCCAAUUUUCUGAUUAAGCGUAGCUACACGAAUGUCAAUGCCAAUCGUAAGCUGUUCAGCACUAUAUACAUCGCCAGUGGCAUGUAUUUCAUUGGCAAUUUAGUGUUCAUCUUGUUUGGUGAGACGAAAAUCCAAGCCUGGAACUCAGUGGAACGAGCGCCACCACAUUCUGUUCGCGAUCAUCAAAAUUAAGAAUGAUAAAGUCUGAAUUUUUCCCAUAUUUUACUUAUAUAAUAUGGGCAGUAUUUGUAAAUUCUCGUUAUAUGUUGUAAAUAGUAAUAGAUGUUGUAAUUGUAAAUAGAUAAAGUGUUAUUUCGCUAAAGAUAAACAUCAGUAGUACUUUAGUUUAUUAGAGGAUACGGUAGGUCCGAAUGUAUAUUGAAAAAAAAUUUACAUAUCAGGAGUAGUAACUCAACUAAUUUCAACCGCUGUAUUUUUAUGCGCCGCACUAUAUCUAAAUCGCCGAAGAGCUCAUACAGCUCGUCAUUCCAACGAAUCCCGCAGUCGUCUACGCGUAGCGGGCCAUAAAUCAUUCGGAGGACGAUCCUAAGGAGGUCUCUUCUUUAUCGGUCCAUGCUUCCGCGCCAUACAUCAGAACGGGUAUGUUGAGUGACUUAGAGAGCGUUACUUUGGUUUUGCGAGAGAGGACUCUGCUUUUCCAUUGCCUACAGUGUCCGUGAUAGCACCUUUUGGCAAGAGUGAUCCUCCAAUUGAUUUCGUGUCUGUCGUCGUUGUUUGAGUUUAUGGUGGAACCUAGAUAAACGAAGUGUUAACUGAAGAAGAAGUUAUUCGAAACAUAGCUAAAUAUGAAAAAUUCAAAGUUAUGGAAGACGUUUGUUUAAGAACUGUUAAUAUAAAACAUAAUUGUGUGACUAUUAUGGGUGUCUUAAAAUAUACUUUCUUAAUUAUCUGCAAUCAUAUCAUAAACAAAAGUAUACCAAAGAAUUCGUUUAGUACUCUCAUUUCAUUAAAUUAUUAUUAUAUGACAAAUUGUAAAAUCGUUCCUACAGAAGUUAGAUAGAAAGGCAAUGAAAUUAGCAGAAGGUACACAACUUAAAAAAAAAAGCUUAUACUAUUAGAUGUUUUCCACAUCUCGAUCAGUCAACACAAUUUUAAGUGCUUCGUGUAGUUUCAUUUCUUUUCUAACGGUGUGCCAACAACUCGAUAAAAAUGGAAAAUACAGAGAUAGGUGAUAAUGAAUAUAAAUCACCGCUCUUCGGCGCUCGACAUGUACAGUGUAUUCUAAUAUUCCUGGGACUGUCCGCUGCGUACAUACAGAGAGUAAAUCUCUCCGUAGCAAUAGUAGCAAUGAUGGAUAGGAAUUCGACAAAUCCCGACUUUGAGGAAUACCAAUGGUCUGAAGAGACCAAAUCUUACCUCCUCAGCAGUUUCUUUUGGGGCUAUUGCAUAACACAAAUACCGGGCAGCCAGUUGGCGCACCGAUUUGGUGGUAAAAUAACACUUCUCUGCAGUGUAACUUUGAGUGCAAUUUUGGCUUUACUCACACCGUUGAGCGUGUGUUUGGGCGACUGGAUGUUGUUUUGUGCGCUACGUUUUUGUCAAGGUCUCACACAGGGUAGCACAUACCCAUCGAUACAUACGUUGCUCUCGAAAUGGGCACCAGUCGAGGAACGCGGCACACUUUGUACGUUUUGCUACACUGGCGUGUACUUUGGUACCUUAGUGAGCAUGUUGGUCAACAGUUGGAUUGCCAUAUCCCCCUUGGGUUGGCCAGGUAUAUUUUAUUUCUCCGGCUUAUUCAGCUUAAUUUGGGGUUUGAGUUGGUACUUGGUUGGCGCAAACGCACCCAGCGAGUGUAAAUGGAUGAGUGAAGAGGAGCGUAUAUUCAUUGAAGCCACACUGGUAACAUCAGCUAAACGGGAGCUUGAGCAAGAGCAUGCUCCCACAAAAACACCUUGGUUGAAGAUACUCACAUCGCUGCCUUUCUGGGUGCUAUUGGUGGCACAGUGCACCACCUGUUGGGGAUUUAUUAUAAUAAUGACAGGAAUACCUUUGUACAUGAAAGGCAUACUGGGACAGGAUAUUAAGAGCAAUACACUUAUGUCUUCCGCACCUUAUCUGUCUUGUAUAUUCUUGACAUUUGUAGUUUGUGGUUUAGCGAAUUUUCUAAAUAAACGUGGCUAUACGAGCGUCAAUACCAGUCGUAAGUUGCUCAACACUAUCGGUUUAUGGGUGCCCGUAGUGCCGAUCAUAUUACUCGGUUAUAUGCGCUCCGAUCAGAGUGAAUUGGCACUGGCAUUGCUUAUUAUUGCUGUUGGUAUGAGUGCCGCCUGCAAUUUGGGGUUUCUUACCAAUCAUAUUGAUUUAUCACCCAAUUUUGCUGGUAUCCUCUUGGGCAUAGCGAAUUUUUUAACGGGUAUUAUAAACUUUUUAGCAACUCUAACGGUGGGUUUCAUCAUCACAGACGAGAAAAAUGUACAUCAGUGGCGUAUCGUCUUUUACAUUACCGGCGGCAUGUACUUCUUUGGAAAUUUAUUGUUCAUCCUGUUUGGCCAGACCAAAAUCCAAGCCUGGAACUCAGUAAGGCGAUCACCAUAUGCGAUGCGCAAUUAUCAGAGUGAAGAAUGAAACACUAUACACUAUUUUUAUACAUUCACAAUAUGUUGCGCUGUUUUAAUUUGGUUAGAGACAUUAUGCAAUAUACGCCCGAACUAUGUACACA